UCUUGUCUCGUUCUCGGAGGCACCGGUGCCGCGGGAAGCCGUCUUCUUCAGGAGGUGCUCGCGUCGCCGCGCUUCACCCGCGUAGGGGAGUAUGGCCGGCGAGUGACCCCGCCUGAGCAAAUGACACGCGGCCACGAAAAGCUCGAGCAACGUGUCAUCGAUUUUGAGCAGCUCGAUAAAGCGGACUUGCGUGAAGGUCACUGGGAUGUCAUAUUCAUCGCCUUGGGGAAGAGUAGCAGGACAGCGGGAAGCUGGGUAGACUUCGAGAAGGUUGACAGGGAGUACGUUGUCAAUGCAGCGCAGGCGGCAAAAUCGCACGACCCGACUCACGCUCAGCGGCUGGUAUACAUCUCCGUGAGUAGUCGCUCCACAAUACUCAUGGCACCCGUCGUAUGUAGGAGUAAAGGGCUCACCGAACGCAAACUCGCGAAUAUGGGGUACCACGAGGUGAUCAUCUUCCGUCCAGGUGGGUUUGGCGAGGUGCACAGAGACCCCCCUCGGCCCCUAGAAUAUACGAUGGGGUCAGUGCUAUUCAAUGCUUCCUAUGCAUGCGCUCACCGAGCUGCCCUAUACCCGCAGCAUCAUAUUCGGCACAUUGUACCGCGUGACGGGCAACCCCCACGUCUACAUUCCGGUACGCCUUCUCUUCUAUCUGCGGCGCGGUCUUCGUGA